AUGGUCUUCAUCUCUUUCGCCCUUGCGCUUUCCAUCCUCAAUGGCUUGACUACUGCCUCGCCUAUCAACCUCUUCCCAACCUCUAUCGGCUGGUUAGGGUCUACUGCUACUGCUGCUGCUCCAUUUUUGGCAGAAACUAACGUCGCCGCUGCUGCCACCGGUACUCCAACAUCCCAAUACCAGUACCCUCAACCAAUCGAAACCUCUGUCCAAAGUUUCGAUCACAAGGAAGAUGACAGAAGCAUCUUUGAAUUGAUGGCUACCUUGUCUCCAUACUACGUUCAUGAAGACGGCUGGGGAGUUUACAAUUACGCCACUCCUGGUCAAUGUACCAUCAAACAGGUCCAUUUCCUUCAAAGACACGGUUCUCGUUACCCAGAUUCUAGCUUUUCUUUCCCAAAAAGAUUGGCCAAUGCCACUUUCAAUGCCACUGGUAAUUUGGAAUUCCUUAACGACUGGGAAUUAAAGAUGGGGAAAAACAUCUUGACCAACCUCGGUAACAACCAAUUGUUCAACAACGGUGUCAAGGGUUUCUUCCGUUACGGUCAACUUUUCGACUGGGACAACUUGGACGAAAAGAUUGUCGCCCGUACCACUUCCGAACAAAGAAUGAUGAUGACCGCUCAAUAUUACCUCCAUGGGUUCUUCGGUCUCAACUGGGAAGACUAUGUCAACUUGGAAAUCUUGAUCGAAGACGAUGGCUUCAACAACACUUUGGCCGCUUGGAACGGUUGUCCAAACAACGACUACGCCUACGGUCAUGUUUCUUAUCCAGAAAAUGACGAAUAUAAGAAGAAAUACCUUGAAAAGGCUGCUGAAAGAUUCAACUCCCAAAUCACUGGUUUCAACUUCACCGUUGCUGACCUUAACGAAAUCCAAACCAUUUGUGCUUACGAAACUAAUAUUUUGGGUUUCUCUCACUUCUGUAGUCUUUUCUCUCAAGAAGAAUGGGAAGGUUAUGAAUACACCACCUCUGUUGAUUGGUAUGCUGAAAACUCUUUUGGUAACUCAAUGGGCCGUGCUCUUGGUGUUGGUUGGGUUGAAGAAUUCAAGGACAGAUUGCUCAACACCACUUACAACCCACAAUUCCAAGCCGAACAAAACUCCACCCUUGACUCCAACUCUACUUUCUUCCCAUUGAACCAAACUUUGUAUAUGGAUUUCACUCACGAUUCCCAAAUUCAAAACAUCAUUACUGCUUUAGGUUUUGAACAAUUCAAGGCCAACUGGACUUUUGAAGGCCCUGACAAUGAUACCCAUCUUUUCGACUUGUCACGUAUCACUCCAUUCGGUGCUCAAUUGGCUUUUGAAAUUAUUGAAUGUGACGAAGAAGUUCCAGCUAACAGAAGCUCCACUAGCGUUCCAGGUUCCGGUGCCACCCAAUACGUUCAUGCUAUCUUGAAUGACAAUACUCUUUCCUUGUCCAAGAACAUCCCAGAAUUCUGUGCUGACAGAGCUGACGGUUGGUGUGAAUUCGGUAACUUCACCCAGUACUUGGACACUUUGUGGGACAUUGCCAACUAUGAAUAUGCUUGUGAUGCUGACUACAACUAUAAUGCUACUGUCACUAACGGUGCUCCAGAAGUAUGA